UUCGUUUAAAUUGUAUUCGAACGCUGAAGCGAACGGUCGUACUAUUUCCCAAAAACUGCGAGAGUUUCAAUACUCAACUAAAAAAAAAAAAACAAACUUAUAAACUGCAAUCAAAGUGAAAACUAUCACAAGAAAUUGAAAAUUUUCAAAGUCAAAAUCCAGCGAAAAAGUGUUUCAAUUGUGUUUUGUGAAAAGAAAAGUUUUGAAAAUAUAAACAGUGCAAAAACUGCGCAAAACUUUCUAAAAAACAUUUCGAAAGUAUUUUUGUGUGUAUCUAACACAGUUUCGAAAAUUAUUUUUCUAACUAAAAAAAGCUAAGAAAAAUUGUGUUGUAGACUGCAAAUUGUGUGUAGCUUAACGCUUAAACUUUCAAAAAACUAUUACUUAAAACUUCAAAAAUCUGUUUUUCGACUUGUUUCAAAUCGCCGAAAAUCAAACAAACACAUUUUAAAUGAUCACACACUUACUAUCCUGAUAGUGUCUGCAGUGUUCUUCUGUGUGUGCGUCUCUCAAAAUACCUGCCUACAAGUUGAAAAACGAAAAAGUUGGCGUUUUUAAUUUCGUUUUGUAAACAAAAAGCAAACACAACAAAAUGGCUUUUGCAAUUAUAAGCCGUGGCUUUUUGCGCACUUCCAAAGAAAUACUGGAACGCAGCAUCGUCAUGGGCAAUGUUGCAAUCUCCCAUUGUUUCAUCGACGUUGAAGCUAAUCAUUCCACCACUGCAAUUGUACAGCAUCGCACGGCUUGCACCGCUAUCAACGCUGCCAACACAGCUGGUGUCUUUAUGAGACCCGUGUGCAAUGGCAGCUAUUGUCUGUUGCAGCCCAGGCUGAACAAUUCAUUGACAAAGCGUAAGACUAGUUCGAAGAAACAAGUGUCCACUGUAGCAUCAUCAAAGCGUGAAGAAGAAAGUGAUAGCGAUUCGGAUUCCGACGAUGAAUUUGAACAAAGACGUACGAGCGUGCGCUCCAAGCACAGUGCGAGGGGCGAUUCCGAGUUCUGGCGACGCAAGAUGCGCACGCUCCAUCGCAUACUCGACGUCAAUCGCGAUGGCGUUAUAUCAUUUGACGAUUUCAAAUUGAUUGCCAAACGCUUCACGGACUUGGGACAUCUCACGCCUGAGACGUCUGCAGAGUUCGAGCAGGUGAUGCGUCAAACGUGGGAGGAGCAAUUCGGCGAAAUUACGCCAUAUAAUUUAGUGACUGCCGAGCAGUUCUUGGUGGAGGUGCACCAUCGUCUCAACGAUGAGCAGAUGGUGAAGCGCAUCGGACGCUUUUUGCCCUAUUUAUUCAAGGCCGUUGAUUACGAUCACACCGGCCAUUUGGAUCUCGAACAGUAUAAGCUGUUCUUCCGUUGUCUGGGCCUUUCAGAUGAAGAUGCUGCUAUUUCUUUUGCUGUGAUAGACAAAAAUGGCGAUGGCCAAUUGUCCUUAAAGGAGUUUCUACAUUUGGGACGUCAAUAUUUCCUAACCGAAGACGAUUCGAAAAUUUCGAAAAUGUUCUGGGGUCCAUUGAUCGAUCAUUGACUUGUUGAACAUGCGUACACCGCUGUGUUGGAGUUGUUGUCGCGCGGCAAAAUGAACGAUCUACACCGCGCACAAUAUAUUCUCUACAUACUCUGCAUGCAAAAUGUCUCGGAGCAAUUUGGUAUAU